AUGGUACUGCUUUCGGCGCUCGCGCCUGUUUUCGCGCUGCCCGUACCCAUGAACUCGCCCGAUCAGGAUGGACGAGUAGGCAUUCCCCAAACGCGGUCAUACGAGCGGCUUUCCAAAUCCGUUGGUAGCUCGUCAACGGACGACUUUGACGUUGGUUCCUACCUCCCUAGGGUCCUUGCUAUCAGAGAGCCCGGCACUCGUACGUGGCUGGCCAAGCAAGUCCCCAAGCUCAAGCACAGUCUUUCUUUCUCCAGAGCCGAUCAAGCGAAAAGAGGUUCGGAUCUAGCAAUGGAGAGAAUGAUCAAAAACCGGCCCACUGACACUGAAUUCCACAAAUCGGUUGUCGAGCUCACAAAGGAUCCAAAAAGGGUCGCUGGCGUUCAUGCUGUUCAGUUACCACAAGAUCAAGGUCUGGGAAGUCAAGUGCUGACGAUAUUGACGCGUAGACGUAAGCCGUUUUUUGUAGUCGACAGCGGCGGUCGAGUUUGGUUUUUUGAUGCGAAGAAGGACGGAGACAUCGUUCAUUUCACCUACAAUGGUGAUCUGAAAGGAGGAAAUGAUGUGAUUGUUCGGGAAAGCCUUGGGCACGAAGCUGCUCAGAGCAUUGAGGCGAAAGCGAAAUUAAUCGUCGAUAAUUCGAUCGAACACAAGCUCUUGCGGUCCUCCAUUGACAUCUGUGGCAUAAAGGGUCAGCAGCGAGAGAAAAUGUGA